UGAGGCGGAGUUAUGGAACAGAGUCUCAGGAGCACGUGAUGAACGGAGAGAGAAGUGAAGGAACCGGCAGAGGAAUCCCGGAGACCGGGAGCUGAGGGCGGCAGGAUGGUGAUUCUCAGGGACGGCUGUGGUACGGGUGUCGCCCCCCGCAGGCCGCUCCGGGUCGGAUUUUAUGACAUCGAAGGGACACUCGGCAAGGGAAACUUUGCGGUGGUGAAACUGGCGCGGCACCGAGUGACCAACACCCAGGUCGCCAUUAAAAUCAUCGAUAAAACACGACUGGACCGCGCCAAUCUGGAGAAGAUUUACCGGGAGGUCCAGAUCAUGAAGCGCCUGCGCCACCCCCACAUCAUCCGCCUCUACCAGGUGAUGGAGACCAAAGACAUGAUCUAUCUGGUGACGGAGUACGCCCAGAGCGGGGAGUUAUUUGAUUACCUGACCGCGCGAGGACGCCUGUCCGAGGAAGAAGCCCGUGCCAAGUUCCUGCAGAUCCUGUGCGCCGUGGAAUACUGUCACUCCCAGAACAUCGUCCACCGCGACCUGAAGACUGAAAACCUGCUGCUGGGGGACAACAUGGAGGUCAAACUGGCUGAUUUUGGCUUUGGUAACUUCUACAUGGAAGGUCGACCCCUGAACACCUGGUGCGGGAGCCCCCCGUAUGCUGCGCCGGAGGUGUUCCAGGGAAAGGAGUAUGAGGGCCCCCUACUGGAUAUCUGGAGUUUGGGGGUCGUCCUGUAUGUUUUGCUUUGUGGGUCAUUUCCCUUCGAUGGACCAAACCUGCCGAUCCUGCGUCAGCGGGUCCUGGACGGGCGCUUCAGAAUCCCGUACUACAUGUCCCAAGACUGCGAGUCUCUGCUGCGCCGGAUGCUGGUGGUGGACCCAGGGAAGAGGCUGAGCAUUGCACAGAUCAGACAGCACCGGUGGUUCCAGGGUGUGGCCCCCCAGCAACCGCUCCUGCACAGUGAUUUCCUGGCCCCCCAGCUCAGUGUACAAGUCCUGGCCAUCAUGCAGAAUCUGGGCAUUGACAGAGAGCGCACCCUGCAGGCUCUACAGAACGACACGUAUGAUCAUUACGCCGCCAUCUACUACCUCCUGGUGGAGCGGCUGCAGGAGUCACGCUUUGGGCAGCUCCCGGAAGCCAGAGCUUCAGACUGUGUGAAGGCUCCUCUUUCCUCCGCUGUUUCUCCUCUCCUGUGUCAGCCGCAGGCAGCAGUGGCCGAUUAUGAUUGUGAGCUCAGCGGCCCACUGCAGUCUCUGCUGUAUCUGGGGGAGCCGUCUCUUCUUGGGGCCCCGGUUUCGGCCCCUCGCCCUCCGCAGCUGUGUGAGCAGACCCUGAAGAGCAGAGAUCCGCGGCCGGCAGCACCAGAUAUUCUGGUUUCCUCUGCGUCGUCUUCCCCGUGUCACAGUCUGGAGAACUGUCUGCGGCCGCCCUGUGACCCGCGCUCCGCAGCGCCCCUCAGCGCCCAGUCAGCGACUCCUGUCCUACAGCAUCAGGAAGCCCCCUCCCCCAACUGUCUGCUGCCUGUCACCUUCCAGGAGGGGCGCCGAGCAUCCGACACCUUCCUGACACAAGGAGCCAGUGCACUUCGUCAGCUCCGGAGGUCUGUUCGAGUUCGCGGUCUCCUGUGUCUCAGUAAGCUUCGUCAUCGAGGGGUCUUGGCCCGAGGAGGGGGGCGCUCUGGAGCCUCCCCAGGGUUCCUGCUGGAUGUCCUGCAGCAGCAGAGGCUGCUCCAGAUCUCCCUCGGCCCUCCCACCGCCCCGUCUUCUCCGCUGCCCCCCGAGACCUCUGCAGAUUGCUACUUGGAGCCCAAGAUUCUUAAAGAAGCUCCUGUGUGGCCCAUGACUGUGGACUGUGGGUGCCCCACUGUGCAGUGAAUGAUGGGGAGUGUAGUAGGCAUCUUAGACUUUACCUCGUACCUGCUCCUGGGCGGAGGGCCUUGCAAUAUAUCACAUGCACAAAGGGGGCCGCUCUGUCCCUGGAGGGGUCCGCACAGCACUGACCAGGACCAAGCAAUAAUCACAAGCACAGAACAAACCGGCAACUUGUCUCCUCCUUAGUGUCUGUAUUUACUGUAUGUAGCAAGGGCUGGCCGCCACGACACCGCCAUGUGCGCUGGAAUUAUGACGUGGACCGCUGGCCGCCACAACACCGCCAUGUGCGCUGGAAAUAUGAUGUGUAAACUGCUGGCCGACAGCGCGAUGUGCCCUGGAAGUAUGACGUGUGGACCGCUGGCCGCCACAACAGCAUGAUGUGCGCUGGAAGUAUGUCGUGGACUGCUGGCCGCC